GACAAGACAGAAGAGUCUCUCCCUGAGUUCAGUAUAAAGGCGUCUCCUGCGCCGCGGACCAUCACCAAGGUGUCCGGGCUCCUGAAACCCAAGAGUCUGGAUCCGCGUUCGGGAUCAAAACUGAGGCCAUUGGUGCCAGCAAAAGCAAGUGGUCUGAGCAGCCGAGGAAGAGCGGCGCGGAACAACGAGAACCAGCCGGCGCUGCAAGCCACCAUCAAGGACCUGUGGAAAAACUUCAGCUUCAAGAAGUGAGGUCCCCCUGGGAAUGAGCCGGACGGGAAUAAUAACCCCCCCCCCUCCCCCCCAGAAAGGAGGCAUGAGCCCCCCCAGGAAUGAGGGAAUGAGCCACCCCAAACCGCCCCCCCCCCCCCCAGGAAUGAGGCGGAACCCCACCCCCAGGAAUGAGCUAUCCCAAACUGCCCCCCCCCCCCAGGAAUGAGCCAUCCCAAACCGCCUGUCCCCCCUCUUCCCCCAGGAUUGAGCGGACCGCCUCCACCCGGAGUGUCUCCAUCCUCGCACGGUUCUCAUGGUUUUUGGGUUUUAUAGAACUUUUGAAGCCUCUGAAUUAUUUCCCUUCCAGAAUAGAAGCUUUUCAGCAUUUCUCAUGUUGUUUGUUACAUCUUCUGCUCCGUCACUGUGUGUCAGUUCAGUGGGGGUGAGAACAUGGACGGAGUAUAGGGCUGACAGUGUUCUGCGGGUGGUGCUGUGAGAUAGAUAUAUAUAUAUAUAUAUAUAUAUAUAUACACACGUAUAGAAUAGAAAUAUAUGUGGGUUGUAUAUUAUGCACUUUAUGUCUUUUGU